AUGGUUGCCAAUAUUAUGAGUGGAUUAAACGUACUUAUGUAUUUGAUGGCUGCACUAGAAUGGCAUCAAAUGACCUCAACAAAUUCCAUUUUUCAAAAAACACGUUCCUUUGUGACCCCGCCAAACAGCUGA